AUGGGUAAUCUGACCAUUCUCAAUGAAUUUCUCCUCCUGGGAUUUGGGAGUCUCCAUGGGUUAGUUUUUCCUUUGGGGAUAUUUCUGGGAAUCUAUGUAGUGACCUUGCUGGGGAACAUUCUUAUCCUUAUAGUCAUUUCCCUUGACUGCAGUAUCCAAACCCCCAUGUACUUCUUUCUGUCCAAUUUCUCCUUUGAGAUCUGGUACACUACCUCCAUUGCCCCUAAGAUGCUGCAGACCCUUCUCUCAGGUUCCCAGGUGAUUUCUUUUGUAGGAUGUGUGGUCCAGUUUUACUUCUUCGGUUCCAUGGCAGUAGUUGAGCACUUUCUUCUGGCAGCCAUGUCUUAUGACUGCUACUUUGCUAUCUGCAGCCCCCUCCAGUACCCAUCCCUCAUGAACCUCCACACAUGUACCCUGCUUGCAGGUGGAUCUUGGCUGGGUGAGUUCCUAACCCCUGUGGUCACUGUUACCAUGACUUUCCAGCUGCCCUGCUGUCCAACCGAUAAGUUUGACCAUUUCUUCUGUGACCUGACCCCUGUGCUGUAGCUGGUCUGUUCUGAUACUGAGACAGUGGAGGAAACCACUUUCCUACUGGCCUCCUUUGUCACUAUGGUGCCCUUCCCACUCACUGUAGCCUCCUAUAUCCACAUUGUUGCUGCUGUCCUCAGGAUUCCAUCAGCUGCAGGAAAGCAAUGGGCCUUCUGCACCUGCUCUUCCCACCUCACAGUGGUCACUCUGUACUAUGGAACACUGGGAACAGUGUAUGCCAUUCCCACAGCAACCCAGGCUGUUGCCCUGAACAAGAUCUUCUCCCCGUUCUAUACCGUGGUCACUCCCACGGUCAACCCCAUCGUGUAUAGCUUGAGAAACAAGGAUGUUAAAAAGGCAUUUCUCAAGCUCUAUAGAUUCUUCAAGUUUAACUUCUAUGUCCAACUUCAUCUGUAG